UGGUUUCCAUGAGCAGAGCGCCAACACUUUGCUGGUUCUGUCCCCCAGAACCACAAAUAUGCGAGGGUGUCCUCGCCUGAAAUGCCGCGUCUAUUACGGAGAUAUGGUUUUUGUCGUCAACGAGGCACCUAGCUGUUGGAUUUAAUCUCGUGGACAUCCUGCUUUUUGCUGCUCGCUUGGUGUUUUUGAGCUGGAAGUCAGCGGCGGAGCUGCUCCUUACAAAGGCCGCGCAUCGGCUCUUGUUGCUGGGAGGGGACCACUCACUCUCAACUCCUCGCUAGCUUUCGGAGCUGCUUAUGAUGCCUUCCUGGCGAGGUGUUUCCCACACAGUGGUCCACUGUGAAGCCGCAUUGCUCGUUGGUUUGUGAACUGCAGAGCCGAAGGGCGACUUGGAAACAUACCACACGCCUGCCAAGGAUGGAUGUCGAUUUGUGUGCCGCUGCGAGGAAAGCAGAUAUGGCUGGCAGUGCAGAGGGCACCGUGGAUAUCGUUUCGUUGGAGAUGUAUGACUCUGCCCGAGCCAAAAUAGCUGCCAACCUACGGUGGCUGUUCGCUAAAGCUUAUGGCAUUGAAAAUAUUCCAGAGGAUUUGAGGGACCCCUUUUACACCGACCAGUACGAUCAGGAGCACAUCAAGCCUCCCGUCAUUCACCUGCUGCUGUCAUCGGAGCUCUACUGUCGCGUGUACUCCCUCAUACUAGAGACGGAGCAGGGGGUUUCUCUUCAGUCUCACCUCUCCGUCAUCCAUGCUCUGCAUAGGAAGGGCAUUUACGUUGUGGAGAGUGAUGACACGCGAGUCACUGAAGAGGACCUCGCAUGUGUGCCCAUCAAAAUGAGUGCCCACAUCCCCAUGAUCGACGCCCUGAUGAUGGCCUACACCGUGGAGAUGAUCAGCAUUGAAAAGGUGGUGGCCUCCGUCAAGCGAUUCUCCACCUUCAGUGAAUCUGAGGAGCUUCCUUUCGACCUGGAGGACGCCAUGGUCUUCUGGAUCAACAAGGUCAACCUGAAGAUGCGGGAAAUUAGCGACAGGGAACACAAAGUCAAACAUCAUCCGCUGGAGUCCCCGAGUCACCAAAAGUCUCCCUCCAAAUGGUAUUGGAAACUGGUCCCUGUCCGGUAUCGCCGAGAGCACGGCUCAGGCCGUCAGCUGCCCUUCUUCCCUCUGCUGGAAGAUCUGACCAGGGACGUUUGUGACGGGGCGGCUCUGCUCACAGUGGUCCACUUUUACUGUUCUGAUCUCAUGAAGCUGGAAGACAUUUGCCUGAAGAAAGUGCAGUCCAUUGCUGACAGUCUGUACAACAUCCAGCUGCUGAGAGAAUUUGCCAACCACUAUCUUCAGAAGAGUUUCUAUCUGACAACCGAGGACAUGCUCUACUCACCUCUCGUGCUGAAGCAUAACCUAAUGGUGUUUAUCGCUGAACUCUUCUGGUGGUUUGAGACUGUAAAGCCAGAGUUUGUCCGACCAAGAGACCUACAAGAGCUCAAAGACGCUCGUGCUGUUACUCAGCCAAAAAGUGCCCGUCCAUCUGUGCCCAUCUCCAACGCCACCAAGCGCAGCUUCUUAGCAAACGCUGGUGCGGCUGAUGCCCAGAGCAGCCCAGAAAUGUGUAACAGGUACUUCCUUCACCCUGAAGACUCUGAUUCUCUCAAAGGGGGUCCGCCCUUCAGCCCCUCCCACCCACUGUUGCCACUGAGACAGAAGCAGCAGAAUCAACAAGGAGAUGACAUGGCAGGUUUGAGAAAUCGCUCCAACUCCCUGAGUCAGAUGGAAGGUCAUCUGCGAGGCUCGGUUGUUGCCUGGCCCGAUAAGAGGCAAAGGCCUAUGUCCACGCUCGGCCCCUUCAUGCUCCACUCUGCAACAGACAGCGACGCCGACAUCGCCUCAGGGGACAGUGUGAGUCUGGCCCGGUCCAUAAGUAAAGACAGCCUGGCGUCCAAUAUCACUAAUGCCACACCCAAGCACCAGACACCUUUACUGCGCAAGGUCAAUGGGCACAGCCUGAUGGCAGCUCCCAAAAUUGAAGAUGAUGAAGAGACGUUGGUGGCAGUGACCAGGAGUGACAGUACUUUCAUCUCCAAGCAAGCUGACGCCCACGUUGAGUCAAAACCCGAAGCGUCUGGAUUUUACUUGGAGCCCUUGAUGCCUGCGGUGUUGAAAACGGCUAAAGAAAAAUCUGUGUGUCUCAACAAAGAGGAGGAAAGUGGUGAGGGCACCCGAGCCUCCAGCAGAGGCUCUUUGCGCCGAGGAGAUGGGUCGGCCUCGGCCGUGCGCAGAAAAGCUCCCUUGAACAAAACAUUUUCCCCUCCUGGAGAGCAGCCGAGCUGUUCGGCCGAACCCAUGCAGGCCCAGGCAGGUUUCAGACCCAUCGUCUCCAGUGACGAGGAGCCGCCUGGUGGUUUCUACCUGCAUUCAGAUUCUGAAGAAGCCAAGUCCAGCACUGGCCUGGACCCUGAGUUAGAAGACUUGGAAGAAGAGGAAGAGGAUUUGGAUGAAGCUUUAACCACAAAGGAUCACGAGUGGCAGCGGAAAAUUGUGGAUUAUGACGAUGAAGAGGAGUCAGCCAAACUCAAAGAGGACAUGAAUGUGAAAGAGCACGAAGACAAAGACAUGAAUGGUUGCAGUGGUCGGUCCAGUCCCUGCCUUAGCACGCACUCGCAGGCAAGCAGCAUCGCCAGUGGAAGUGUGCGCAUGACCUCGUUCGCCGAGCGCAAAGCACAACAGCAGCGCUUCGGAAGCAACCACGACCUACGCUCCAGUGCCUCCAGUUCCCAAAGAACGACGCCAGACGGAUCAGAGAGCAGUGGACCCUGGAGGUUCAAGAGAGACCAAAGUCCUUCUUCAUCUUUAGAAGGCUGUAACCGUGCAGGUGAUGGCAGCGGCGGUGGAAACAUCCUUGCCUCGGAAAUCGUCCAGCUCCGCAUGCAGCUGGAGGAAAAGCGUCGCGCCAUCGAGCAUCAGAAAAAGAAGAUGGAAGUGAUUUCCGCACGACAGCGACAGAAACUCGGCAAGGCAGCAUUCCUGCACAUCGUGAAGAAAGGCGGUGGCAAGAGUGACACCUUACCUUCGAAAAUCGAUCCUUCCAAAGAUGACCUGAACGGCCAGAAGGCCACGUCAAGUAAAGAUGACCUGUGUGUGGAAACCCUCAAAGGGGACAAAGAGGCGGAGGGGACCACCUGGACCGGUGCCUUGGAAGCAGAGAAGCAAGGCAAUGGCGGCGGCUUCUAUCUAGACGAAGAAUUGGACCUGAACGAGUGUAAUCGCUCCAUCGAGCGGUUGAGUAAAGACUUUAGUCGAAUCCAGGAGCAGAUGAAGCAGCUGUCCAUUCAGCAGGAGAUGCUGAUGAAGCAGCCUCCUCCAGGUGUUGCUCCGCACAGCAAAGACUCCAAAGUGGGCUACUUUGCUGACCACUUGGGAGGCUCGGGCACAGCACCCUCCAGGAAACCCCCGAAACUGAGCUCCGGACGCAGCUCUCGGUCCAAACCCUCUGAGCUCAAGAUUAGCAAAGAGCAAAGUCGUCACGUCUCCAAGACCCUCACGCCCACACAGACGGAGACUCACCAGAGAGCCGGGGGCAGGUCCCCCAGGACCGAGCAGCCCGACACACCCAGCCCCAGAACUGCAGGCGAGGUGGUCAGCAGGCCCGGCUCAAGUCGCAGCAGCAGCUUCAGGCUUCACGACGAAGCCAACAUGCGGUUGCCGACCCGAGUGGAUCUGAAUGCAGUUACGGGUCCAGAAGUGUCCUUCAACGAGUGCCUGUCCAGCGCCCUGCAGGACUCGGAGCAGAGUGCUUCAGACCUGCAAGGAAAAACCAAGAUGAGUUCUGAGGAGGCUCAGCGCCGGGCUCACCUGAUCGAGGUGGACCUAUCUGAGCUGAAACCACCAGAGGACCAGGAGGACACAGUAGACUCAACAGCUGAGGAUGGAGAGCAAAAGUCUGUGUUGGGCUUCUUCUUUAAGGAUGAGCAGAAAGCUGAAGAUGAGCUGGCAAAGAAGAGAGCAGCCUUCCUGCUGAAGCAGCAGAAGAAGGCCGAGGAGGCUCGAGUCAGAAAACAGCAGUUGGAAGCCGAAUCUGAGCUCAAACGGGAAGAAGCCAGGCGGAAAGCUGAGGAAGAUCGUCUGCGCAAGGAAGAGGAGAAGACACGGCGAGAGCUGAUCAAGCAGGGCUACAUGCGGCGGAAGGAGCAGGAGAGAUUUGAGGAGCAAGUUCUGCCCAAGCCCAAGACGCCCAAAACAAAACAGAAACACAAGCCCAAGCCCGUCCUCCGAGAGGAGUCUUCCAGCGACAAUUUUUCCAAGUGCUCUUCCACACCAGACAACUUGAGCGAUGCUCAGUCAGGGUCCAACUUGUCUCUGGCCUCAGGAGCAACCAACGAGGCUGACAGUGUCAACUCCGGAGGUGGUGGAUCACAGCGAUGUGACUCAGUCGAGUCGUUUCCAGGAAGCCGGAACAGUCGAACUGCUGAGCGAGACUGGGACAACGGCUCCACUGCCUCCUCCAUCACUUCCAUGGCAGAGUAUACUGGUCCAAAACUCUUCAAGGAGCCAAGUGCCAAGUCAAAUAAGCCAAUCAUACACAACGCAAUCGCCCACUGCUGCCUGGCUGGGAAGGUCAAUGAGCCGCAGAAGAACCAGAUCCUGGAGGAGUUGGAGAAGUGCGAGUCCAACCACUUCAUGAUCCUGUUCCGGGACAGCGGCUGCCAGUUUCGGGCUCUCUACUCCUACUUCCCCGACACCGAGGAGAUCCAGAAGCUGACAGGCACCGGCCCGAAAAGCAUCAGCAAGAAGAUGAUCGACAAGCUGUACAAGUACAACUCGGACCGUAAACAGUUCACUGUCAUCCCCGCAAAGACGGUGUCGGUCAGCGUGGACGCCCUGACCAUCCACAACCAGCUGUGGCAGGUGAAGAGGGGCGCGGUGCCAAAGAGAAACGGAAAAUAGCCCGGGCUGGGCUCUGGGACCUUUUGCCCUUCCUACAUCCUCCCGCAUCUUGUUUUGCUCCGGACAACGGCAGAGGCCAGCCGCAGCGCACCGAACCUACUCAGGAGACGCCACAGGUGGACAGUAGGUGGACCAGAGGUGUGUGUGAGGAACAAAAACAAGAGAUUCAUCUGGCUAAAUUAGCUUCUUCAUCGUCGUUUUUACAAAGGAACUUGAGCAUGUGGCUUUUUUUUUCAUGUGCUGAAUGUUCAGUAUUUAUUAGUUGAUCACUGUCUGUCAACAGACUUCUGUUAGCGUCGAUAACCAGAAUAUUACAAUCAUCGGACCUACAGGCCUGAGAACUCUUCUGCAGGACCAGCCCAUGUGGUGGCGCCGUUGCUCUGAUCUCUGUUGUCACCGGGUGCUUCGCAAAGCUUCAUUAGCCUUGGUCGUGGUACGUCAUGUCCUGAGGCCCUCAAGCUCAUAUAAGAAACACUGGAUACGAUGUGGAUCACCUGUUGCUAAGGGGAGGAAUUUGGGCUUUGGUACACAGAUGUAGUUUUUUUUUUUUGCUUUUUGUUUAAAGAAAAACCAUGGUUUUCAUCAUAACAGGGACGUGUAGCGUAUUAGCUGUGUUUUCGUUGCACCAGGGUCCGUCCUCUGGUCCCGUACACACUCACAUGUAACUGCAGGUGCGUUCGGUCCCUGCACACACUCCUCUGUCGUGAUGCUCUGUGUCAGCUACAGUAUUUGUUACCACCACAGAUGUCCGUGUGUCUGUGUGAGAGAGAGCGAUGAAGACAGGGGUUGAGUUGCAACAUUAAAAAAUACAUUCCUUCAAAGGUGUCUAACAACAAUCGCUGCCAGAUUUUGUGUCUUCUGUCUUUCUAAGUGCUUUUUUCAGAAACCGUCUGUUGGCCUCUGAGCGUCGAGCACGAGCACUUUACUUUUUCCACGUCGAGGGAUUUUAACCUUUUAUCAGGCAUGAGAUCAAAUUCAAAUAUGGAACACUGACACUUGAAGGUAGAUACAGAUCUGAUACUACUGCUGUCUCCAAACUCUACAACAAUACUUGAUGUGUUCUUCUGCUGUUGGGUGUUGUCUCGCUGAUGGGGAGCUCUGCUGUGCUUGUUUUUCAUGUGAACUAAAAGAUUGUAGUGGCACCGGUCACCUUUUUAUUUUGUCACACUAGUUGUGUUCAUCUGUGUCAAUUUGAUAUCUGAUCCCAUGCCAUCUAUUUAUUUUCAAAUGGAAGCACUGAUGCAGAAUAAAUUUUCAAGCCAAUAAAAGUCACUUUUUUUUGUUUUUUAAGUUUUACGUCACUGUUUUGUUCAUCCAUUUGUUUCUCACUUUAGCAAUCCCUUGGUGUCUCAAAGUGCAUGAUCUGAUGUUCCGCUUGAAUGUGUGUGUGUGUAAAAGGUGCAUCUGCAGCG